AUGGCAUCUUUUGCGACAGCAACCCGCCUAACAACACGGCUUAUAAGCCGACGGGUCGCCCAAGAUGUCGCAAGUCGAGGCUUUCGCACCUCCGCUGCCUCGCUCGCGGCACAAAACUUCACCAUGCCGGCUCUAUCGCCAACUAUGACGGAAGGCAAUAUCGCAAACUGGAAACUCAAGGAGGGCGAUUCCUUUUCCGCUGGCGAUGUCUUACUCGAGAUCGAAACAGACAAGGCGACCAUGGAUGUUGAAGCGCAAGACGAUGGAAUCCUCGUAAAAAUCACUCAGGGAGAUGGAAGUAAGAACAUUCAGGUUGGCAGCCGAAUUGGUGUUGUUGCAGAGUCCGGCGACGACAUUAAUUCACUCGAGAUUCCUGCCGACGAACAGCCUGCGCAGAAGGAAGCCAAGAAAGAGGAACCGGAGCGCAAGCAAGAGUCUCAGAGCGCUGCUCCAGAAAAAAGGUCUAGUGGACCGAAGAGGACCGGCGAGAAGGCACCGCCCCAGAAAUACCCUCUUUAUCCAUCAGUCGAGCACCUAGUAAAGGAGCACAAGCUGGACGAGUCUGCUAUUAGCGAGAUAACGCCAACGGGCCCUGCUGGACGCUUGCUCAAGGGUGAUGUCCUCGCAUAUCUCGGUAGCGCACCUUCUAGUAGACCUGGAGAGAUUAAAGCACGAUUUGACCACAAUUCACACCUUGACCUCUCCAACAUCAAGAUUGCUGCUCCUAAGGAGGCCCCGAAGAAGGAAGAAAAUAUUGUAUCAGAGGCCCCCGUUCGCAAGGUCUCAAUAGUAACACUACCGAUAUCGCUUGCGACAGUGAUAGAGGUCCAGAAGAAGAUCGAGGACACUAUCGGCACAUUCAUACCGUUAUCAACAUUUGUAGCGAGGGCUACGGAAGUGGCUAAUGAUGAGCUGCCCUUGCCAUCAAAUUAUAAGCCAACAGCCGACGAAUUGUUUAACCAAGUUCUAGGAUUAGACAAGGCUAGCCCGAAGGGUUCCCGCGGCCAUUAUAUUCCUCAAAUUUCCGCUCUUCCUUCGCCGUCCUUCACCGGCGUUGCACCUAAGCCCAAAAAGCAAGUCGACAUCAUCGACUUCUUAGCAGGCUCAGCGAAGGCGUCUGCGCCAAAACCACGAAAGACUAGCUCGCAAGCCGGAAUAUCCACCGGUACCAAUAUAUUUGGUCUCUCUGUACCAGAGGCUGAGGAGAAGAGAGCCAAGGAAUUCCUACAAAGAGUUAAGACGGUGCUAGAAGUGGAGCCAGGCAGACUUGUUUUAUGA